UUUAGGAGUUAGAUGGGUAGUUGUGUAAGAAUUGACCGGUAUGCAAAUCUCCCAAUCGUUUUCAAUUCUUGUUCACUAAUCCUCCUUCUCAGUAGUCUUCGAUACAUCGAACAAAGAAAAGCUAUUUGGUGGAGGACACGGGGGCGAGAUGGCAAGAACCUCAAGGCUGAUUCUGGAGGAUGAGUACGAGGCUGAGCAGAGAAAGCAAGCAGCUGCUGAUGUUUUAUAUCAGUAUUCACAGUUUGUUAUGGUAUGUAUCGGGGAGGGUGUUCGGCCUACGGAUUUAAGGCUGCACUUAAUGAAGGAAAUUUCAGGGAUGCAAACCUCUCUUAAGAAGGAACUUCUGCCAUCUCCUUCCUUCCCAGAUUCUGUUGGCGAGCCUUCGUCCUCUGGACCUGAUAGAGAUGAUAGAUCUAAGAGCUCUCGGUCAUGUUAAAUAUAAAAAUUUUGGGGGGGGAUUUACAUACAUACCAAACAAUUGUCAUGUUAGUGAAGGACUACUUUUUGUACUUGCAUUUUGAUGUGUAAUGAUAUUCUGAAGUGUUAUAAACGUAAAUAUCAAGAUCUUAAUGUGCAUUUUAUUUUAAAAA